AUGUCUCCUGUACUUGAAACCCCUGCGGAGGUUUGGUUGCAGAUAUUUAUAGAGGUUAUUCUUCUGUAUCCACAUGGAUUGACCUUUGCAGUGAAUACUCCAGAGCCUUGUAUCACUGUCAAACUGUCUUGGGUGUGUCGCUUCUGGCGGAGCAUUCUCCAAACUUCAUCCCAACCUUGGUCCUCCAUGUUCCUGCCCGAGGCUGAGGAAAUUGAUCUUCAUGGAGGAAUGGUCCAUCUGGUUGAUAUGUACCUUCGGUUAUCACAACAGGCACCUCUCACUAUCUUUUUUGAGCCCCGCUUCAAUGCUGGAAAGUACUCUGAUCAGGUUUUCAAUCUGGUUGUGAAUAAUUUGCCUCGAGUCCAAACGCUGUAUUUCAUCAACUACCACAACCGCCUGGAGAGCUUUGAGGAGGCUGUUAUCACCAGUUUGAUAGAGCGUCAAUUGGAGGACUAUCCUGUACGCUUCCCAAUUCUCAAAACACUAGGGGUGUUUCUUCAACGCGGUCGUUCCACUCCUGUGUUUGAACACCUGUGGAAGGUAUUCACCAGCUGCCCUAGCCUCAUGACUUUUCAUCCCACCUUCAGUUACACCUCGGACAGCUUGCAUAUGUCUGAUCUUUCGAACAUCCGCCACUUCCGGGGCUCUUUUUCCUUCGUACGUGCCUUGCACAUUUGGCUGGCUAGAAUGCCUAAACUUGAGACUCUGUGUCUGGACGCACCUGUGGUUAAUCAUUGGAGGAUUUUUGGCCCAUCAUCCUGCACAGCCCAUAACCUGGUGGAGCUCUCUAUUUUCACCACAGAGAGCACAGGAGGGUGGUUUAAUAUCCACCUUCCAAGUCUGACCAAGUUGUCACUGUCCCGAAUCCCACCUGAACAUCGAAUCCAAUGGACUCCCCUCCAUUCGAUUUUCUGUACAGAAAUAUGCGAGAUGUUGGUUUUAUCUGGAGCCAAACUACAGUUUUUAGUGGUCGACAAUAUUCCAGGGAUUGAUAUUGAGGCUUUGCUUAGAAUGCAGCCCACCAUUACAAGCUUGAUGGUCUCCAUGAAUGCAAACUGUAUAGGGGAGGCAGAAGAUGGAUAUAUCCGCUCUCUCUUGGAGCUCCUCGAAACCCUGUCCAGAAUUGAGCCAGCCACUGAAAUACCAAGUAUUGCACCCUGCCUUUCAAAAUUGGGAAUCCAGGCAGUGUUUGUGGGGGAUUAUUUGGAAACCAUAGCCUUGGCAAAGGCAAUCAAGAAUCUCCUUUCAGUCAGAAACCUUGAAGAAUUCAAUACAAGGGGACGUUACAGCUACAGUUUGGUAGAGUAG